GAUCCAAAUUCUUUACUUGCUAAAAAUCCAUGGAGUAUUUCCCUAAUCAACUGCAACAAUUUACCCUCUGUGGAACACUUGUUGCUAUCAUCAGCAUCUUGAUUGUACUAUACAACGUUAAAAAGAACAAGAAAAACAAAGGUAGAAGACCACCAGAGCCAGCAGGAGCAUGGCCAUUAAUCGGUCAUCUUCAUAUCCUUGGAGCAGACAAGCUGUUUCACAGAGUUCUUGGAGCCUUGGCUGAUGAGUAUGGACCGGCUUUCUCAAUUCGAAUAGGAAUUCAUCGAGCACUUGUGGUUAGUAGCUGGCAAGUAGCUAAAGAAUGUUUCACUACCAACGACAAGGUCUUCCCAUCAAGACCAAAGGCCUUGGCUGGGAAGAUCAUGGGAUAUGACCAUGCCAUGUUUGGUAUGUCACCUUAUGGUCCAUACUGGCGUGACAUUAGGAAGCUAGCUACAGUCCAUCUACUCUCGAAUCACCGGCUCGAGUUACUCCAGCACAUCCGAGAUUCAGAAAUCAACUGUUUCAUGAAGGAGUUGUAUGAGCAAUGCAUUGAAAAUGGUGGACAGGCUUUGGUGGAGAUGAAGGAUAGGUUUGGGGACUUGGCAAUGAACAUAACAGUGAGGAUGCUUGCUGGGAAACGCUUUUGUGGUACGAGCGGUGAUGCUCAGGAGUCAAGGCUGUGUCGAAAGGCCUUAGGGAGUUUCUUCUACUUUUUUGGGAUGUUUAUGGCUUCAGAUACAGUUCCUUUUCUUGGUUGGUUGGACGUUGCUAAAGGGUAUUUGAGGGAGAUGAAGAAGACGGCAAAAGAGCUGGACUGUGUGUUUGGGAAGUGGGUGGAUGAGCAUCGUCAUAGGAGGCUCAGAGGAAGCAUUGAAGAGGAAGAGCUUGACUUCAUCCAUGUUAUGCUUUCUGUCAUGGAUGAAGGAAAGCAGUCUGUUCAUGAUGCCAAUACUGUCACUAAAGCCACUUGUUUGAGCCUCAUCUUAGGGGGCAAUGAUACCACGGUUGUUACUCUUACAUGGGCAAUCUCUCUGCUAUUGAAUAACCCCGAAAAGCUAAAAAAGGCACAAGAAGAGCUUGAUAUUCAUGUAGGAAAGCAACGCCGAGUGAACCAGUCAGACAUACAGAACUUGCUCUACGUACAGGCCAUUGUCAAGGAAACUCUACGAUUAUAUCCUGCUUUGCCACUUUCAGCACCUCGCGAAGCCUUGGAGGACUGUACCAUAGCCGGCUUCCAUGUUCCAGCAGGGACUCGCCUCUUCGUCAACCUGUGGAAGUUGCAACGUGACUCAAGCAUUUGGUCCAACCCAUUAGAAUUCCAACCGGAGAGGUUCCUCACAGAGCAUGCUCAUUUCGAUGUUAGAGGUCAGAAUUUUGAGUACAUACCAUUUGGUUCUGGUAGGAGAUCAUGCCCUGGAAUUUCAUUUGCUCUCCUUGUCCUACACCUUACAUUGGCUAGGCUACUUCAUGGAUUCAACUUGGAAAGAGUCUCUGAUAAACUGGUUGAUAUGACUGAAAGCCCAGGGAUGACCAUCCCUAAAGCAACACCAUUGGAGGUCGUCUUGACCCCAAGGCUAGCUUCUGUGCUAUAUUGUUAAUUAAUAAGCAAAAAAGCUAUUAGAUUAUCUGCUUUAUUUUUACCAACGGUCUUCAUUUGUCAAUACUUGGUAUAUUUGUAGUAUUGUCGUAUUAUCUGUCACCUUUUAUGAUAUGCAACAAUUACAUUAUUGUUUA